GGGCAACGCAGAAGAAACGCCGUGUGAUGGGAAGCCGUGCUGCUCUCUCUUUGUCAAAAGUACUUCAAAGGUCUCGUCAUCCUCGUUUCCUCCUCCCUCGCUCUGCUCCCAUCCCGCCUCCCCCCUCCCCUCUUCCUCUCCUUACCCUCACUCUCCGCUCUCAUGUUCCCUCUCUCGGUUCCUUCGACACAUGCUGGGGUGCCCGUGGCUUCAGCUACGGCUCCGCCAAUCUCGUCCUCCCCGAUGGCAAACCACGGUUCGAGAUUCACGAGAUCGAUCAGCCCCCCAAGGAGAAGUAUCGGACCAAGAAGAGGCUGAAGCUUCAAAGGAAGCGGGAUAAGCGGAAGCGCAAGGAGGCGAAUAAGGCAGACCCGCGACGGAUCCGACCUAAGGGUAAGAAGAAGGAUAGAUUUCCCUCCCAGGAGGAUCGGAUCAAGUAUAAGAUUGAAAAGGCCAAAAUUAAAGAAGCAUUGUUGAUUGAAAAGUUAAGGAAAUAUGAAAUUCAGAAAAGUCAAGGCCCAGAGAUCAAACCAGAAGAUUUGUCAGGGGAAGAACGCUUUUACCUGAAAAAGAUUGCUCAAAAAAAGUCCAAUUAUGUACCUGUGGGAAGGCGAGGUAUCUUUGGUGGUGUAAUAUUGAAUAUGCACUUGCAUUGGAAAAAGCAUGAGACAGUUAAGGUCAUCUGCAAGCCCUGUAAACCUGGUCAAGUUCAUGAGUAUGCAGAAGAGUUGGAGAGGUUGAGUGGUGGGGUACCCAUCCAGAUUAUUGGAAAAGACACGAUAAUAUUUUAUCGGGGAAAGAACUAUGUUCAACCUGAAGUUAUGUCACCCAUUGACACACUGUCCAAGAAGAAAGCACUUGAAAAGUCCAAGUAUGAACAAUCACUUGAUACAGUUAGGCGCUUCAUUUCAAUAUCUGAGAAGGAGCUCGAACUUUACUACCGACAUGUAGCACUUUAUGGUGAUCCAAACACCCGCAAUGCUGAUUUUGUAUAUGGGGAUGCUAAGGGAAAUUCACAGUUUAGAACAACAAAAGUGCUACACUCACCUGAGUUAGGAAAUGCUGUAUCAACUAGUCAUGAUUCGUCUGUUGAUUCUUUUAUCUCUUCAACUGGUGAAAUCUCUAGUGAUCAAUCAGAUAAAGAUGAUUUCUGAUUAGCUACCAAUGAUACAUAUGCAGAUGUCUAAUGAAGAACAUCUGUGCUCAUCUCAAGCUAAUAAAUCAAUAGCUCUUUCAGAGGAAGAGGCUGAUUCUGAUGAAUUGAUGACCCCCAACUAUUAUUCGGAUGGGGACCUAGUGUUACAUUCUCAAGUGGAUUCAAAUGAUGAAAGAAAGAAUUUGAGGGCAUACAAGAAUCCCUGGAAAAUUUUAUACUUUCUUAUUUAUUAAUAGUGCAUUUUGCUAUGGGUCGAUGGAAUAUCUUUGUUGGCUUCUAACAAGGUCCCGACUUGCAUUUUACUAGAUCCUUCUGUUCUCUAUUUAAAUACUGGAACUGGUGGAUGAAAAACAUGCAGGCACAUGUGUAACACCAACAAGUUUUUAUUUUCUUGUAUUUUGUUUUUUAUGGUUUCAUGCCCAUCUUUUAUUGCAAUGUAAUUCUGUUACUUACCAUGAACUUAAAAACAAGGUCUUAUAGACAACUUCCUAA